AGUUUCCCGCCCCCGCUUAAUCUUUCGUCUGUCUCAACCCUUCAUAAUAGCUUAGUCUCCUCCCGUCAGCAUUUAUGUUUCUCCGUAAUCCUUUGCAUGUGUGCGCUUGUGUCCUCCACUGCCUUACUGACUCGCUUGUUAGCUGGAUAUUCUGUUCACGUGUGGUUGGAGCUUCUGUAGGCAAGGUUAUGGCUCGUACUAAGCAGACCGCGAGGAAGUCUACCGGAGGCAAGGCGCCUCGGAAGCAAUUGGCCACCAAGGCUGCUCGUAAAUCAGCGCCUGCUACCGGCGGAGUGAAGAAGCCUCACCGCUACAGGCCCGGAACUGUUGCCCUUCGUGAGAUAAGGAAGUACCAGAAGUCCACUGAGUUGUUGAUUCGCAAGCUGCCAUUCCAGAGGUUGGUGCGUGAGAUUGCGCAGGACUUCAAGACGGACCUGCGAUUCCAGAGUUCCGCUGUAUUGGCGUUGCAGGAGGCUUCGGAGGCCUAUUUGGUUGGACUGUUCGAGGAUACUAAUUUGUGCGCGAUUCAUGCCAAACGCGUGACGAUCAUGCCCAAGGAUAUCCAGCUCGCACGCCGCAUCCGAGGGGAGAGGGCGUAAGCGCGGGUUUUAAAUUCCUUUCAACUACGGUGUUUCACAACACCACCAUCCUGAAUUGAUUAUUAUCACUCAUUUGCUAUCCCUGUCCUGUUCAGUGUGGAACUGAGUUACCUUCUAACCUUGUCAGAAUUUUACAGAUCUGAACCCGGACAUCAUCGAUUAUCGUCUUCCAUGGAGUUGCAGGCGGAUUACGUUUCCGAGUGCACCAGGUUGUAGCCGAAGUGAUAUACACUGAAUGCGCAUGCCUUGUGUUCUGCGUUGUGAAUUGAAGUCACCUAGUGACUAGGGUGUCGGUGCAGUCUCCAUAAAUUGUCUCCGUCUCCUCUACUUCGCAUCGGGUAUUUCUUCUACCCGAUGUAUACCCUACUGAGAUUGGUAUUAGGACUUACCAUCGAUUAUCUUAGCAUUUGCGAAUCAUCUACAGUCAGUUGGAUGGACAAAGCCUCAUGUUCUGCCCACGAUUUUCUACGACCCCUUCUAGUGAUUCCUUGUACAAGUGAUAUCGCAAUGCAUACUGUACGCCCGCCUACUGAGUGUUCAUGUCAUGGACGAUUUUUUAGUGGGAAAUGCCUUGUAUUGGUAAACUAUCCCUUUUCGUUGAGAAUUGGAUGGCGAGCAUUUUUUCUAUUCGUUCGUCUCUAUUGAACUCGUUUGGAAGUCUACUACAAUGGGCGGUCAUAUUUUGGCCUCCGACUGGAGGAUUCGACAUAGGUACAGAUCUUGUCAGUAUUUCGCGGCUUCAGCCCAAAGCAUGUCUGUCAAUGUAUACAGCGUGGUGAGAAUUGGCAAUGCGGUUUCAGCACACUCUUCUCUAAGUGUGAAGCUCAGGAAGAGGUGCAGAAAGCCGGGUGAGAACUGCGGGGGCGAAUCUUACCGCGGGGCUGGAAAACAGGGACUACCGAGGGUGAUCGACGCACAGGACGCAAACAAAACCGAGUCCACGGCGUUCGACGUGUGGACUCGAUUCAACCUGGCUAAAGGAUCACAAAGAGAUACCGGUUCUUCUCGAAUACUUGCUCCCCUAAUAGUCUAGAUGGCUGGGAUAAGCGGCUAGGGGUCUGACUGGAGGGCUCCGUGAAAUUCGGAGCCGCAUAGCCUCAGAUCUGAAAAUUUAGGAAUGAUGUUUAGAGCCCAAUCAGAGUUCUUAGGGGGUUUAAAGUAUGUGUUAGUAUUAGUGUUGCUAAAUGAGUCCUUAGCAGAAUAUUUUGUAUCAACAAGAGCCGAUUUAAUGAAAAUGGAGACUAACUUGAUUGGUCAGUCUACAGCACUUCUCCUGGA